AUGUAUAUAUGGCAAAACUUUCGCAAGAAAUGGAGUGACUUACAGCUAAAAAUGUGCAUGUGGUCUUGUGCCAAGGCAACCACAACACAAGACUUCAAUGCUGCCAUGGAGAGACUGAAAAGCAUUAAUGCUGGGGCUUGGGAGUACCUACAUAAGAUUAGUCCCAAACAAUGGAGCAGAGCUCAUUUCAGUGAAUACCCUAAGUUGGACAACUACACCAACAACAACUGCGAGGUGUUUAAUGCCAAGGUUAAGAAGAUGAGGGGUAAGCCGAUAAUUACAAUGUUGGAGGAAGUCAGGUGCUACGUAAUGAGGAUUCUGGCUAGGAACAAAAAAGUUUUGGUUGGGUACAACGGAAGACUAGCACUAACCAAACAGAGCAGAUUAGAGAGGGAAAAGCGAGAGAGCAACAAAUGGAUGCCUCUGCCUACUGGAGAUGACGCAGGGAAUGUGUAUGAGGUGCAUUGUUUUCCAACGAAGGUAAGUGUGGAUCUUGGCAAAGGUACAUGCAGCUGUCGACUAUGGCAAAUCAUAGGUUUACCAUGUAGACAUGCCUGUGCUGCACUGGCUUACCAGAACAGAAGGCCAGAAGAAUAUGCCCACAACUGGCUCACCAUGGGUGCAUACAACGCAGCCUAUCAGAUUACUAUGCGUCCAGUUCCAAGCCAGGAGUACUGGGAGCACGAUGUUGAUACCCUCCCCAUUCUGCCACCACGGUAUAGAAAACCAAUUGGUUGA